AUGUACAAGAUAUACGCACUAGGAUCUAACGGCAGCGGUCAACUUAGGCAUCGGUCACUAUAAAGAUGUGAUGGUGCCUCAUCUUACGUUUGAGUGCGCAAAAAAGCCGAUCAAGAUCGCGUGCGGCGGGAACCACUCGCUCAUGUUGAUGGAGGACGGGCAGCUCUGGGCAGCGGGGGACGGGCGGCAGGGGCAGUUUGCUAGCAAGGACACGAAGUGCGCGUUCGCGUGGAGCGAGCUCCCGGGGACGUUCGAGGACGUGGCGUGCGGGUGGGACUACUCGGUGGUGAUCGACGAGCACGGCAACGUGUUGGCGUGCGGGGCGGGGUUGAACGGGGAGUUGGGGCUCGGGCACGUCAAGUGCAGCGGGGCUUGGAGGCGCGUCACGACGUGCCUCAACCCCAGCCGUGCGGUGUACUCGUCGUUCCAGAACGUGGUGCUCCGCGACGGUAACAAGCUCUACGGGUGGGGCCCGAACCGCAAGGGCCAGCUCAAGGAGCCAAAGAACAAGGGUUUCGACACGCCGACGCUCAUAUACGAGGGCCGGGACAUCACGCAGGUCGCGAUGGGCAAGGACUUCAUCGCGAUCGUAGACGCGGGCAAGCUCGUGAUCUCCGGGACCAUGAAGGACCGCAUCAAUGACAUCAUUCGCGACAUCUCCUCCGAGGAGAUCAUCAAGAUUGCGGCCAUGUGGUCCUCGUUGCACAUCUGGACUAAGCGUGACAUCUUCUCGUACGGCAACGGCAACUACGGCCAGAUGUUCGUGUGGGAACGCCCGCCCAACAUGACCCACUUCGCGGCCGGCAGCGAGCACGGCGUCAUGUCGCUCGCCGACGGCCGCGUCUUCUGCUGGGGCUGGGGCGAGCACGGCAAUUGCGGGCCCUCAGCAAAGGGCCACGACGCCGCCUCGCCGUUCAACGACAAGAGCAACAUCGUCAGCCCGCUCAACUGCGUGCUCGAGACGAACGAGAAGAUCAUCUGGAUACAGGGCGGCUGCGCCACCUCCUGGGUGUGCACGAAAUGUUGA